GGUGAUCGUUUAGAGUCCACAUCCCCAAUCAUAUCCCCAUUGACCCAUGCGAUCAAGCAGCUGUUUUUCUUCUGCAUGAAACAAUCUAUUCUUGAUGAAGCUUCUGUAACUGCCAUUCUUAGAUGGUUGCUAACCAUUUUCUUGAGUAUUUCUACCUCCUUUCUGUUAUCAGUUAGGUUACUUCCGUUCAUUCCAAUAAAAAAAAAAGGUCCUACCUUUUCUUUAAUCCUUCUUCCCUACUAAAGAGGAAACUCUCACAUUUUAAGUUAUUCCUUUCCCACUCAUUCUGAGCUUUGGUACUUCUGACCAUGCCAUACAGGACCAUGCCAUGCUCUAAGAGUCAUCAUUUUAGCCUGGUCUAACUUCUGUCUUCUGUACAUUGGUUUUUAAAAUCUCAAUUGGUUGAUUACAUUUUUUUAAAAAUCUUGACUCCAGAGGACCAAACAUUAGGGCAAAGCUGAAGAACAUCAAAUUUAAGGACAAACUUCCUAACGAUCAGGGUAAACCUUCCUAAAGUGGGACAGGUUGCCUCUGGAGAGAGUGAGUUCCUUGUUCCUGGGAGGCUUCAAAGACUGGAACACCAUCCAUCUGUGGUAUUAUCAAAAGGAUUCAUUCCUGCUUGGGGACAGGUAGAAUUAGGUACCCUUUCUGAGAUGCCAUGACUAGGAUUCUAAGAGUUAAUGAAGACAAGAUUUGGAAUGAAAGGCAGGUAAAGCAGCCCAGGAAGGGGAGGAUGUGAGCAAGUCAGGGCAGGAAGCUAAUCAUCUGGGUGGAGGCGAAGCCUUCCCUGUUGCCUUUCAGAUAGAAAUGGAGGGCCAAAUACAAGGAGGCUCCUGAACAAAGCUCUCCAUUCACUGAACAGUUUUCAAGGAAGAGCCAUCCUUAGUCUGCCUUAAUUAUGAUGUUGCCAUAAAGAAUCCAUUUCUUCUAAGACAACUCCCAGUGAGAUCGUCCAUGGCGGCGUUCGAACCUGCCUCUUUCCUCUUGGUGUUACACAUCUCUGCAUCCCAAGCUGCUAGUUCAGGAGGCCCUACAGAAUGCUCCAGGCUAUUUAUCCGAUAUCAUGAGCAAGUUUCAUACAACAAGGCUGCCUUGGAUCAAGAAUUCCAGAGGGCCCAGAGAACCACCAAUGGAUGGGAAGAGCCAGUCCAGAUCAAUUUUCAAGCUUAUCAAAGGACCUUCAAACUCAACCUGCGACGUGACGACAGCAUCUUCUCAAAAGACUUCGAACUCAAUGGGAUGAGGCAUACUGACUCUUUCAAUGUGUCUUUCUUUUAUUCUGGAGAGCUAAGAGAUGAACCAGGCUCUUCCUGCCAUGGUUCCAUCAUUGAUGGUCUCUUUGAAGGCAUCAUCCACACUAAAGAUGGCACCUACUAUGUGGAGCUGGCAAGGGCAUCUUCUGGUAACGAAACCGGGUCAAGCCUUCCCAUCAUUUACCACCAACGGGAGAUAGAUUAUACCCUUUUAAACAACUCAAACUGUCCUUCCUUGGCCUUAAAGAUGCAUCCAGUUGGGCAUCUUCAGCCUCCGGUGCUCAAGCUGAAGAAGGAGAAAACAUCCCCAAGACAGAGAAGGAGCCUCGAUUACUCCAGGACAUCUUGUCUCAUGCACAUCAAAGCCGACUUUUUGUUUUACAGAAGAUUUGGAAGCUUGGAAUCCGUGGUUGCUCAGAUUGCUAGCUAUGUAAAAGCUGUGAAUGCCAUUUAUGAAAGGACUGAUUUUGGAGGUAUCAAAUACAUAGACUUCAAAGUAAAAAGCUUGCACGUUGUACAAGAAGAUGACCCCACCAGCUCCAUGUACUCACGCUUCAUUGGUCCAGAGAAGCUCCUGAUGCUGCAUGCUCAGUCCAACUGGGAUGGUUACUGCUUAUCUUACCUCCUGACAGACAGAGACUACAGUGGAGUCCUUGGGAUUGCUUUUAAUGGCCAAGCUGGGGACCUGGGUGGCAUUUGCUCCAAGCACAGGAAGUUCCAAGGCACCUUGAGAUCUUUGAACACAGGGCUGAUCACAAUUCAGAAGUAUGGCCAUUACCUCCCACCCCGCAUCAUCCACAUUGCACUGGCCCAUGAGCUGGGUCACAGCUUAGGAGCCCCUCAUGAUGAGAGCCAGCAGUGCACCCCCUUCAGCUGGGACACCACCCAUGGGAACUUCCUGAUGUUUGACUACGCCACAGACGGCGACCAGCCCAACAAUGACAGAUUCUCUCCCUGCAGCACAGCCUUCAUCGGGAGGACCCUCCGAGCCAAGAAGGACCAGUGUUUUGUGGAAAGUGACCGGCCCAUCUGUGGAAACCAAGUGCUGGACCCCGGAGAGGAGUGUGACGCGGGGAGCGAGCCCACAGACCCUUGCUGCUACGCUGCGGGCGAGACCGAAGGGCUCCGCUGCAAGCUGAAGACGGGUGCACAGUGCAGUCCCAGCCAAGGCCCCUGCUGUGGCCCAGAUUGCAAGUAUUUCUCAUGGGGAAAGCUGUGCCAAGCAGAGACGGAGUGCCUGUUGGGGAGCACCUGUCUGGGAAAUACAGCUCAUUGCCCUGCCCCAGUGCCCAAGGCCAACUUUACUCCAUGUCUCAUGGGAGCUCAGAUCUGCCUCGAUGGGAUCUGUAGGGGCUCCUUAUGCCUCAUCCAUCGCUUGGAACCCUGUGAAUGUGUCAGCAGUUCCCCAUGGGAACAGUGCCAUCUUUGCUGCCAGAAGCCAGGCCAGCCUAACACCUGUGCCAGCACCACAUCCUCUCUGCUGAUGGCAGAGUUCAAUGGCACCCGGCUCCCACUUACCCCAGGGACACCAUGUAAAGGCCACAGGGGCUACUGCGACAAGUUCCACAUCUGCAGACUGGUGGAUGAGGAUGGGCCAAUGGCCAGAGUGAAGAAUGCCAUCGUGGGCUUCGUUGAGCUGGAGGACAUGAGUGCCUGGAUGAAGACUCGCUGGUGGGCCAUUCUGCUGGCCAUCUUGAUUGUGGCAGCAAUGAUGUCUUUCACUGUAUUCUUCUUUGAAAGGACUGAGGACAGUAAUCGAGGAAUAAAAACGACGAGUGGUGCCUUGGACUUAGACAGACCAGAGCCCCACCUGACUGUGACCCACUGGGAGUGGUCUGAGUUCUAUGUUGAGACCACUUGUCUGGAGGAGACAAGGAUCGAGCAGGUCACAGUGGGUCACUGAACUUCACCUUGCACCAUGGUGCCUCCUUGCAGUGGGGCGACAAUCUCAUUGUCUCAUCACAGAAGAAGACAAAUAUUUAUUUGUAGCUAGUAGAAUCAAAGCAGUAUGGCAUGGUGGAAAAAAAAAAACAGGAAGUUUGGGUUAGGUUCAAGUUUCUUCUUUGGCACUUACUAGAUCUGAGUUCCUAGGCAAAUCACUUAAAAUUUGCCAAGUCUCAGUUUCUGUGCUUGUAAAAUGAGGGGUGUGGACUCUAUGGUCCCCAUAGAUAUAACCAGUUCCAGCAUCUCCUGAAAUUCUCUAUGCGUGUUUGAAGUCUGUUCUUUUCCUUUGGCCUCCCCCAAAGUGCCCUUUAAUUCUACCAGUAUAAGAAACCUGGACUAGUGGAAGCCAAGGAUGGUGGUAUUUCAGGACCUGGUCCCUUUUUGGCCAUCUUUUCUUGAGGCCUUCAUUGAUCAGAUAAUUUUCAUAAGAUUUAAACAGUAAAUAAACAUUCACUAAGUGCCUACUAUGUUCCUGCAAUUGUGUUAAGGAGUGGGGAUCUAAAAAGAAGGGUGUCUUCAAGGAGUUCACAAAUUUAGGGUUGGGCGGGCCCUUGGAAUAGAGAAUGUCAGAACUAGCAGAGACCUGAGGACAUAAAAGAUAUCACAGCUAGGAGUACUUUUAGGACACAAAAUGGCAGACCUGGAAGGGACCUUAGAAUAUACAAUGUCAGGGCUUAGAGGGCUCUUAGAAUACAGAACAUCAGAGCUAGAAGGGACUUUAGAAUAUACAGUGUCAGAGCUGCAAGGGACUUUAGGGAUCACCCUUCUCCAAUGAUGACCAGGAAAAAAUAACAGUUUAGAGAGGGUCCUGAUUCCACAUACUUUCUGUCAACUGUUCCAUACUGCCAUAUAACACUGUCUUGCCUCAUCCUCAUAUUUGGUGGCGUGUAUAAAUCUUGUCCCCAAGUUGGACUCUGAGUUCCGUCAGGGAAGAGACCAAAUCUUUUACUUCUUAUUCUCUUCUCAGCCCAGUCCUGGGCACAUGGUAAAUGUUCAACACCCACACUUGAUGAAAUAAACUGAAUUUGUUUAGGACUAUGGACAUAUGAGAGAAAUAUGUUUCCAAUCCCAAAUGAGCCUUUUUCCUUUGAUUUUGGAAAAGAGCACAGUGUCAUCGAAGAUGCUCUGAAUGGGGAGCCUAGAAGGCUCAGAUUCUAAAGUCCAGCUCUGGCCUUGAUUCUUGAACCCCUGGACAUCCAUCAUCUCUGGGCCUCAGUUUUUCUCUGUACAAAAUGAGGGAAUUGGACCAGUUUUCUGAGGUCCUUUGCAGCUGUAACAACUUUGAACUAUCAUUGGUCUAGGAAAUUCAAGUCAAUCAGAACCUGCUCUGCAGUGGGGUGCUGGGAGUGACUUGUCCAGGCUCACACAAUCGGAGGAUGGGAUUGAACCCUGGUCUUCCUGACUUUCUAUCCAUUAGGGCAGUAUGCCUCUGUAUAAUCCCAUGGAUGUGUAUAAUAAAGGGUGAGGAAGUUAA